UUUGAGCAUAAAGAGGGAAAUGAUACCCAAGGCCAUCUUGUGGGCAAAAGCAAAGCACCUCCAAAAAGUAUUAAAAUAACCAAAAUCAACACCCAAAUCAAACGUUUUUUUAUUGAUCAACUUACUCUACCAUUUCUCAACAAUCUCUCUUCUUGUUCUGCUUCUGGGUUGGGUUGCAAAUUGAUAUCUCUCAGCAUGGGACUCUGCUUCACCAAAUCUCGCUCCCAUGAAAUCCCCAUCACUUACUCAGACUCUCCUCCUCGUCCUUACCAACAUCCGCCCACAAGGCCACCCCAAGAACGCUAUAAUCCUAAUCGCCCGCAGUUACCAUCUCUUCCUCAGCCUCCUUCUACAUCUAUUUCUCCUGCGAAUCCACCUUCGAAUAUUGGUCCUAUUCUUGGCAAACCUUAUGUUGAUAUGAAGUCUCUCUACUUUUUUGAUAAAGAAUUGGGUAGAGGUCAGUUUGGGAUCACUUAUCUUUGCAGAGAGAAGACUACGGACUUAAAGUACGCUUGCAAGUCUAUCUCCAGGCGAAAGCUGGUAAAUAAUGAGGACGUUGAAAAUGUUAGGCGAGAGAUUUUGAUAUUACAGCACCUAACUGGGCAACCCAAUAUUGUGGAAUUUAAGGGUGCUUAUGAGGAUAGGCAAAAUGUGCAUUUGGUGAUGGAGUUAUGCUCUGGUGGGGAGCUCUUCGAUCGGAUUACAGCCAAAGGGAGCUAUUCAGAGGUUGAAGCGGCCACGAUUAUGAGGCAAAUUGUUAAUGUGGUUCAUGCUUGUCAUUUUAUGGGGGUUAUGCAUAGGGACUUGAAGCCUGAAAAUUUCUUGCUUGUAAAUAAGGAAGAGCAUUCUCCACUAAAAGCCACUGAUUUUGGACUCUCUGUCUUCAUAGAACAAGAGAAAGUGUAUAGGGACAUUGUUGGAAGUGCAUACUAUGUUGCCCCGGAAGUGUUAAAUCGGAACUAUGGGAAGGAGAUAGAUGUAUGGAGUGCUGGAAUCAUUUUGUACAUUCUUCUAAGUGGGGUGCCUCCAUUUUGGGCAGAGAAUGAGAAAGGAAUAUUUGAAGCAAUUUCAAAAUACCAACUUGACUUACAAAGCAAACCAUGGCCUGAAAUUUCAUCUUCUGCGAAGGACCUCAUCAGGAAAAUGUUAGCAAAAGACCCCAGGAAACGGAUCACCGCUGCCCAAGCACUUGAGCAUCCAUGGCUGAAGGAGGAAGGGGAAGCGUCUGCAAGGCCAAUUGAUAGUGCUGUUCUAAAAAGGUUGAAGCAGUUCAGAGCAAUGAACAAGAUGAAGAAACUUGCUCUGAAGGUAAUAGCAGAAAACCUUUCAUCAGAAGAAAUCAAGGGCUUAAAACAGAUGUUCCACAACAUGGACACCGAUGGAAGUGGUACGAUCACAUAUGAAGAACUCAAAGUAGGAUUGGCAAGACUAGGAUCCAAGCUCACAGAGGCAGAAAUAAAGCAGUUGAUGGAUGCUGCUGAUGUUGACAACAGCGGGACUAUUGAUUAUGUUGAAUUUAUUACAGCAACAAUGCAUCGCCAUAAACUUGAGAGGGAAGAUCACUUGUUCGAAGCUUUUGAAUACUUUGACAAGGAUAAGAGUGGGUUUAUCACGAGAGAUGAACUACGACAAGCCAUGGCUCAAUAUGGUAUGGGAGAUGAUGCUACUAUAGAUGAAAUCAUUGAAGAUGUUGAUACUAAUAAAGAUGGAAGAAUCAACUAUGAGGAGUUUGCAGCCAUGAUGAGAAAAGGGACACAAGAUAAUGGGGAAAAAUUGAAGUAAAUUUGGCCAAUAAUCCCCCCCUGUACCCGUUUCAAAUAAGUCUGCAGUUUCUAAUGUUAACUAGUUCCUUAACACUGCAGCUCUUGUAAAUAAAUGUUAUUGUUCAAUGUUCAUCACAAUUCCGUGAA